AUGUUUGAUAGACUAGAUGGCAACAACAUAUUAAAUAAUGGAGAUUGGAGAGAAAAUGGUAAUAAUGAACUUCCUGGACUACAAAAUACACGUACCAAUAAUGUUUCCGAUGAUGCAAAAAUAAACAGAGAUAAAUAUAUGCACUUUUAUAAUAAUGAAGGAUCAGUUGAAUUUCAAGGAGAUAUGAUAAAAGCUGGAAGAGCUUAA